AUGCAAGGAACAGUUUCUUGUGUAAGAACUUACAGUAUGAUCCCAGCCACGGGAUCUCUACCGCUUAAAACGAAGGAAAACGGUGAGAGCGUUCGGACGGUGGUGGAGGAGAACGCGGUGAUCGUGAUUGGACGGAGAGGAUGUUGCAUGUGCCUCGUUGUGAAGAGGCUGCUUCAUGGACUUGGAGUAAAUCCGGCGGUUCUCGAGAUCGAUGAGGAGAGGGAAGAGGAAGUUAUGAGUGAGCUAGAGAAAAUUGACAUUGAAGGCGGUAGAAAAACGGUGGAAUUACCCGCCGUUUACGUAGGAGGGAGAUUGUUUGGAGGGUUAGAUAGGGUUAUGGGCACUCAUAUCUCCGGUGAGUUGGUUCCAAUUCUUAAGGAGGUUGGAGCUUUGUGGUUGUGA